AUGUUUAUGCUCCGCAACGUGAGCAAAUUCAUUUUCGGUGACACUUCGAAAGAGUCUAUCAUCGAGAUCCCCCAAGGCCAGCUGUAUCUGGUUCGACCUUUAUCACCUAAGGGCUACUCCGAACUCAUCUUUAAGGACGCGGCAGCCACUAUCCGACGCACUGGCCAAGACUUCCAGUAUCAGCUUGUGAUUCAGAGAGCCUACGAGGAAGGAGAGGAGGAACUUGCAGACGACGAGGACGACCAGGGUGCGGCAGACAGCCUAGACAAAGACGAAAAGGUCUUCCUGCUAGACCAGACUCUGCACUUCCGCUCCGAAGUACGGGACGGAGGCAAUAAAAUCUUGGCUUGGGACGAUCUCAGCGGUGACGAGGGCGAUCUUUACGAGUUCAUCUGUGACGCUUCGGUUCCAUCCGACAAAGUUGCCACCUUUGAGUUGGCUGCUCUGCAGUGCCAGUACGAACGCAAGUUUCGCUGCAGUGCGCAGAAGGCCAGCGAAGAGGAUCUUCAGGAAUUCUCUUUCCAGGAGGAGAAGCCUAUUCCAUCUGCCAGUCCUAUCUCCUCGCCUACUUCCCAUUCUCGCGAUCAUUCUUUGAACGCCCAAGAAACCGCCGCCGAGAUGGCCAAAGACGUGAAGUACGCUCAGUCUAAGGGCCAUGUCAAGACAGCUAGUAUCGACGAGGAGGUCACAACAGCGCCACCUUCUGCUGCCCAGCCUGAGACAAAAGAGGUGCUUGCACAGGAAAAAGCUGAACUGCAUCUGUUCGAUUUCUCUACUGGAACUUUCGUGUUGCAGGAACCUGAAGUCUCCGCAGUUGUGUCAGAGAUUGGCAAUUGGCAAUACUGGCUACAGAUCACUGGCAAGGACAAGGAGUGGCUUGGUCAGGCUGUUGUGGGUGACAUCAACCCAGUGUUCAACUUCGAGUACUUGUCCUUCAUCUUCAACCACUAUGCCGAAGAUGGUUCGGCCUACUCAUGGCUGCUUCGAUUCAAGGAUCAGUCCGCAGAGGAGCGCUUCCAAGAAGGUUUGAUGCAGGCUCUAUGGGAGCAGCUCAAUGAGUUGAAGUGGACCAAGGUCAAGGAGAAUGAACGUGAUUACGUUCUGGAUGCAUUCCAAGAUCUUACCAUGGAGGACGCAGAUGACAAGCCCGAAGAAGAGGAAGAGGAGGAAGAGGAAGAUGAGGAAAGCGACCAAGAUGAUGGUCAGCGCAGUGAACACUAUGACAGCGACGAAGAAGAGGAGGACGUUGUCACUCGUGAUCAGGAUGGAAAUGUAAACUCACAACUGGCAGUUGGCUACAAGCAUGAUCGCUCGUUUGUAGUUCGUGGCUCCAAAAUCGGUGUCUUCAAACACACAGAUAACAACAAUCUCGAGUUCUCAACCACCAUCAACAAGGUGGCUACUCCUGGUGGCAAGUUGUUCAGUCCUAAGAAGGUUAUGCUUCACACGGAAGAUCAAAACAUGAUUCUGCAGAAUGGCGAUGAUCCCAACUCCCUUUACCGCAUGGAUCUCGAGUACGGCAAGGUGGUCGACGAGUGGAAGAUCCAUGACGAUAUUCCCGUCGACACUUUCGCCCCUGAGAACAAAUUCGCCCAAAUGACCUCCGCUCAACCGUUCGUCGGUGCUUCCAAGAAUGCCCUCUACCGUAUUGACCCGCGUCUGGCUGGCACCAAGCUUGUCGACUCCGACCUGAAGCAGUAUGUUAGCAAGAACGAUUUUUCAGCAAUGGCCACCACCGAAAAGGGUUACAUUGCUGUCGCAUCCAACAAGGGUGAUAUUCGCAUGUUCGAUCGGUUGGGUAUCAACGCCAAGACCCACAUCCCAGCUCUUGGUGAACCCAUCAUCGGUCUUGAUGUGUCGGCCGAUGGACGCUGGGUACUUGCUACAUGCCGAACAUAUCUCCUUCUGAUUGACUCCUUACAGAAGGAUGGCAAGAAUGAAGGCAAGCUUGGCUUCGAGAAGGCAUUCGCCAAGGAUUCAAAGCCCCAACCCCGCCGUCUGGGUUUGCAGCCUGCGCACGUCGCCCAAUUCCAGCAUGAGACCAAACAGGGCCUCUCCUUCACAACUGCUCGUUUCAAUACCGGUGUCGACAAGCAGGAGACAUCCAUCAUCACUGCCACCGGUCCCUUCAUCAUCACUUGGUCCCUGAAGAAGAUUAUUGCCGGCCGCAAGGACCCGUACACCAUCAAGCGCUACGGCGAAGAUGUUAUGGCUGACAAUUUCCGCUUCGACUCUGAUAAGAACGUUAUCGUUGCACUUCCUAAUGAAGUCAACAUGGUGGCCAAGCGUAGCUUCCAGAAGGUCACUCGAGAGAGUAUUGCUGGUCCUGUCACCCCCAGUCGUGCUCGAGGCGGGAGAUUCAGCAGUCACCUUGGCCGCAAUGAUAUUGUGAACUCACCUUAUUAG